GAGAGUCUUUUAUGUUUUUUCUUGAUUUAUUAGAGUUUUGGUCGUCAUGCCUGAACCAGCUGCUAAACCCCCAGCUUCUAAGAAAGGUUCUAAAAAAGUGGUGAAAAAGCCACCGAAGAAGGAUGGCAAGAAACGCCACAAGACCCGUAAGGAAAGUUAUUCUAUUUAUGUGUACAAGGUACUAAAACAGGUGCAUCCUGACACCGGUAUUUCUUCCAAGGCGAUGAGCAUCAUGAAUUCAUUCGUGAAUGAUAUUUUCGAGCGUAUCGCAGGGGAGGCCUCACGCCUGGCCCACUACAACAAGCGCUCCACCAUCAGUUCCAGGGAGAUUCAAACUGCGGUGCGGCUCCUAUUGCCUGGAGAGUUGGCCAAGCACGCCGUGUCUGAGGGUACCAAGGCCGUGACCAAGUACACCAGCGCUAAGUAAUGAGACGAUGGAUCUUGGGGGUAGGAUCUUCCUUUUAAUGCCCCAAUGGGACUUCUGCAGCUGCCAGUCUCGAACCCUGCACGCCUGUGGUUUAUUACAUUUUGGGACUGCAUUUGUUUUUCUUUACUUUAGAGACGUGUCCGAGCGUUUCAUGACGGAACAAGGAUAGUAAAGGAACCGAUUUCACUGUGGGUAACCGCACACCUCCUGGUGUUUGGCGGGUUAGGAUGUCGGCUUGACCACUGGACUUUCAGCUUCUUUGUUUCAUUUCGUUGACGAGUCUGACCUUGUAAGGCUACCAGCUGGUCUAUAGGUGGCGACAGUGCGCUGCAAAGCGUCUCUGACAAUAAAUCAAAGGGACUCUAGUUCGAUGCUAGCUGAAUACCAUAGUUGUGAGCUUGAACUGUUGUGUUUAUGUUCGGACUUCCAAAAUGCACAUGCUUACUUCAUCUUGAUAUAUUUUUAAAAUGCCCUGAAGCUUGCUGUAAGGGGUGUGCGUGUAAUGUUGUGCAGGUUGUUAAAAUUAGUAGUUUUUAUACUGUAAACUCGUGUGAAUAAUUGUACAAUUAAAGUUCUUGGAACACGUCA